AUGAUGACAGAUGUGCCAGACCAGCGGGUAAAAAUGGUGUCCUUGAACCCCGAGAUCGACACCAACCAACUAAAUGACCUGCCAUUCGCGCUAUUAACUACCCUGCCUAUUUUAGAGCGUGGUUGUACAACAGCUGGAUUUAAAGCUAUGGGUAGCGUCACAUGGAAUCAAUCUGAAAUCCGCCUCCACUCGAUCGACCCCACUUAUGAAGAAAGCCAAGACUUUCUUCGAAGUAUAUCGGCGAUGUUAUUGUCUUCUUUCCCUCGUGCGGAGAGUGGUCAACGACACCACUAG